AUGCAAGAAUUCCUAUACGAACAGUUCAACCUCGAAGUCAGCAAAUCAACGUUGAGCCGCCACCUCCACGCAGCUGGCUGGACGAGAAAGAAAGCCCACAUAAUUGCUUCACAACGAAACCCAGAAUUACGGUACGAUUGGUUAUAUCGUAUACGUCGAUACCACCCAGAACAAUUAAUAUUCGUAGACGAAUCAGGCGUUGAUAAAAACACUGGAAGAAGAAGGACGGGUUGGGCGCCUAAGGGUCUGACGCCAACGCGGUCAGUUCCCCUCGAGCGAGGUCAACGGAUACAACUGCUGCCAGCACUCGCAAUUGACGGUAUCGUAGACUUGCUGGUAUAUACUGGAUCGACGAAUGGCGAGGGCUUCUCUGCGUGGAUACAGCAACUUCUACUGCCAAAGUGUGGAAUAUUCCCUGGGCCUAAGUCAGUGAUUAUAAUGGAUAUUGCUUCUUUUCACCGGCAAGGGGAUAUACGGCAAGCGUGUGAGGCCGCUGGCGUACGCCUCGAAUUCCUCCCGCCGUACUCACCUGACUUUAACCCCAUCGAGGAGUAUUUUGGCGACCUCAAAAAGCAUGUAAAAAAGACAUUCCGUACGUGGAAUACUAACGAACUAGACGAGCGUGAUUUUGCUGAGUUUCUCCGCGACUGCGCGCUUGAGGUUGGGCAACGUCUCCCACAGAUAGCUGGGCACUUCCGUAACUCAUAUAUCAACUUCGACGGCACACAGGAUAUCUUCUGUGACGCUAUGACGAGUAGCGAUAUGUAUAUUGAGGCAGGAGGAGAGUUGAAUCCACCUCUUGUAGUAAAUAGUUGUUGA